CUCUCUCUCUCUCUCUCUCUCUCUGUGUCUCUGUGCUUCCCCGCUUUGCAGGACUUUUGGUUUUGGGGGACUCCGUUUGGGGUGUUUUUGGUGGGGACACAGACACCCAUAGGUUCUUGACGCAGACUUUUUUUUGUAUCCCUGGACGCCCGUCGACGGACGCUCUCCAAUGUGCGCCAAACUCCUCGUUUUGGUUGUCGUCUACGGACUCGCAGCCUCAGGCAUGCUGGCAGUGCAGGGCAUGAAGGUGUACACGUCCUCCGAUGUGGAGGCAGUCAACGGCACCGACGUGCGGCUCAAGUGCACCUUCCAGAGCUCCGCCUCCAUCAACCUCAACAGCAUCACCGUCUCCUGGAGCUUCAGGCCCCUGGGGCCCGGCCGCGAGGAGUCGGUCUUCUACUACCACAUGAAGGCGUACCCGCCGCUGGAGGGCCGCUUCAGGAAGCGGGCCGUGUGGGCCGGGGACAUCAUGAGCCGCGACGCCUCCAUCAUCGUGCGGGAGGUGAAGUUCACCUACAACGGCACCUUCAGCUGCCAGAUCAAGAACCCGCCCGACGUCCACGGCAACGCCGGGGAGAUCCGCUUCCGCGUCGUCCACACAGCCUCCUUCUCUGAGCUGUUGCUCCUGGCGCUGGCCAUCGGGGGCGCCAUCGGCCUGGUGGUCAUCUUCCUGGUGGUCUUCGUGUCCUGCAGAAGGUGCGCCAAGAACAGGGCGCGGCAAAGGCACGCCGAGGUGGACCAGGAGUCCCCCCGCAAAGAGAGGAAAGAUCCCACGGCCUGCCACCCAUCGAGGGCGGUCCACCUGUAUGUGUCUCAGUCGUCUUUCGAGAUGGACAGUUCGGACGGCAUGAUCUCCACAGCCAGCUCCAACGAGCCCAGUUCCUCCUCAGAGGAAGAGAGGAGCACUGACGAGGAGGUGGGCGGGGACUCUGACUGAGGGAGUGACACAAAGACACACAGACAGAAAGACAGGAGGGAGAGGACGGAAUGGGGAAGGCCCAGGUGUGUCCGGUGAGACAUAGGACGGGCCUAAGCGCUCUGGGGCCGGCCCGGGCCAGCGGUAUGCCCGGGCAUAACAAAUGGACAAAGAGAGGCAGUCAGGCAGGGAAAGGUUCCCAUUUUCAGAAUUUCCUCGUUGUAGAACACUCAGCGUGUAAUAAUUGGACUCCCUAUGCAAAACCCUAUUUGCAUGAGGAGUGGGAUAUGUGUAAAAGGUGGUUGGGUCAGGGGGCUGGUAGUCUCUGAAGGGAAAGGUGGUGUUUUCUAUUUGCUCGGUGGAAAUGUGACCUGGGGGUCAUCAACCCUGAUGAAGGAAGGCGAUUUGAUGACCAGGUAGACCUCAAGGUCCCAUAACGAUAAGCCCUUCAUGUGGUGAUCAUUUUUUUUCCGAAAAUAAGGCUGUGAUAAAAUGUGUUGUUUUUGUUGUUAUUUAUUGUACCACAGAGAUUAUUAGCCUUCGUAUUAUCUAGCCCUUAAUCUCACAUAGCCAGACCUACACGAGGGCCUGGGGAGACACUCAGAACUGUGAUUGGAUGAUGAGCCCUCUGAAACCCAGAAGCAGCCGUUAUUUCAGUGGUUAGUCAGAUGACGGCCCACUCUGUCCCCGACCUUUCUUAUCCAACCCGUGUGCCAUCAUUUCCCUUUACCGGAUUGAAUUUGUGCUUGGACUUCUGAUGGAUUUAAGAACCCCCAGCCAGCGCGACUGAGGCCGUCGUUAAACAGCUCCUGCUAAUGCCUGCUAGCGUGAAUGUUGUAGCAUAGUGUUGAAGCACUUCAAUAAGUUUUGCUUGUGCAAAAACAAUAGGUCAUUUUAUCUUCAUUCAGUUGCAUGCGAGAAAACGACUGUGGCUAGUUGUAGAGGAGUAGAGGAGUCAAACUGUGAGUUAGCUUCAUGCACACGGCAGGAGAGUUGUGUGCAUGUGCACCAGUGUGUGUGUGUGUGUAUGUGUGUGGAAGGCCAGACGUAAGACACGCAGUGGGAUCUGAAAACCUCGGGUAAUUGCAAAAGAUUGUCCUUUAAAUACUUUUUUUAAGCAACCCUAGAACACAUAAAAAAGACUAACACAUUAUGAACUGAAAGCGAGGUGUGCAUCAUUUUCUACUUUUUGUAAAAGUUGUCUUCGUAAAAUGUGUUGCAGAUUUUGUAUUCUAUUUUAGCUUAUGCCAGCAAUAUUUUAAACCUGUUAUUGUUUUCAAAAUACGUGUAACUGUUUGUUCAAUUUUAAAAAAAAAUCUAUAUAUCGAUUAAGAUUUAAUAAAGAUGUUUUCAGAACUAAUAAAACUGGUUUUCUCGAAUACUGACUUCAGGUUCUGCACUCUCCCUCCGUUCCAUCCACACGGAUAUUUACAUUUACAUCCCACUUGGUCCAUAAAACAAGAAGCCCUUAAUUUGCAUGACAUGAUUUGAUAGGCAUCAUCUAUUAUGUAAAAGCCUCAAUCGUGUUAUGGAGUAGUUAUGAUUCCAACCAUUAUACUAGCUGGCCAUGCAUUUCAUCGAAUGCUUCCAUGGGUGUCCCAUCUACCCUCAGCUGUUUUCCUGCAAUGGGUUUCUAGUGGAAAUGGUUGACGCUAUUGUUUAUUGCUGUUUGUGAGGGGAAAUAUGCUGAUGGAUGUAUGCUUCUCUGAUUUCUAUCAAUGUGUGCUUAUUUGGAAAAUGAAAGCAUGGGUAUGAAUAUGUUAGCACCUGUUAUUGGAUAUGCUUGGGAUUUUGUGCGUGUGUGUGUGUGUGUGCGUCCAUCAGAGUGUUUUGAUGCAUGCACAUAUUUGUGGCAUUGAUCAAAGUCUAUUCCUCUGAUACAGCAUUGGUUACUGACCGACAGAGAGCCCGUGUGUGUGGAUAUGUGAGUGCUUGUGUGUGUUUGAGUGUAUAAAUGCCCUGGAUUAAAGUAGGGACACCAAACAGCAUUAGCAGGGAGAUAAAAGAGUUGAAAGUCAAGGAGUCCAUUUAUCUCAGGUAAACGUUUGCUGUGGUGGAGAUGGAGGAAGGGUAUCUGAGGUAAGUGGGUAAAGUAACACUCGCGACUGCACAUAAAAAACAACUUGUGGCGCCACGGUUCCUGUUCAUGAGCUCAGCGCGUCGCCCCCGCUGAUAUCUCCUCCUCAACCAGGGAUGCAGAGCGGGGACCCGGUCCCGCACAGAGGGGAGCUUUUAUUUAAGCUAUAAUAAAAUAUUUUCCUAAAGUGAAAGUCUGUGUGUUUUCUCAGUCAGAAUGACUCUGCUGCGAAGGUCACGCCCUCUAGUGGGAACUUUGUUUUUGUUUUUAAAUUAUCUGAAAUGGAAAAAAAAAGAAACAAACCUCGGUGAGUCACUGUUUCGGAGAAAAGGGUAAGGCUACGAAACAAGUCAAACUCAGAGGUUGUGUUUGGGAAACGGAAAGAAUAAUGAUGCAGCCUAUUCUUACGAAAUUUAAAAAGAUAUUGUGGUGUAUUAGUCAGCCUUUUCUUUUGAAACUCUUGCCAACUUAGUAUCUGUCUGCAUUCCAUGUGAAGGUAGGUUGGUUUCUUGGAACAGUCAUCACCAACAGUCAUCACUGACACAUAAUCCUCCAUCUGCAUGCUGUUACAUGAAACAUGCAGUCUAUAAUGCACUGUAACUAUGCUGUCGGACUCCAGUUUCCUUUCUCUCUUCACAUCCAGUAUAAACCAUUCAACCAUAUCUCCCUGCUAUCAUCACCUUCCCACAAGGCUCCUGCA